AUGCCCAAUUCGUCCUGUACUUUAAGAUCACAAAAGCCGUCGAGUUUCACCGAUUAUUCAACAUUGUCACCUCCGAGUACUACAGGAAGCCCACUAUCAAGUCGCCCUAGUCGCACGUAUCACGAGGCCUGUCCAUCCCCACCCAUUCUCUCCAGCAAUCCUCGAGAUCCAUCUGAAGGCGUUAGCUCUCAUUCCAACGUGUGUACAGCUCCACUUUUGACUUUCAUGUACGAUCCGCGUUCCGCUGGUUUGCCGACAACCUACUCCUCAUGUGAUUUAGUUACAUCAACCCAAAACUCCUGCACAUUCCUUAAUAACCCAGCUGGUGUUCGCAGCCCUCAGACCUUGCACUUAGUUCGCUUGUGUUCGGCAACCAAUGCAUCUAAUUGUCCUAUUUCCGGUACACCACCUCAGUAUACUUCUUAUGGGGUAGUACCAUGCAAUGGCGCUUCGCAUCAGGCGAACCUUUGUUUUUUAACAGAUGAGACUAAGUAUACUCAUUCCGAGCUAUGCUCACGUUCAAACGGACUUCAAGCAAUCAAUACCAACAGUUCUACCCCUAGCAGCGCUGCACUAACUAACACAUCAGCCAUCCAAGGAAGUCCAACAACGUCAAAUUUACAGUUCUUCCCGUCUGUAUCAUCUCGUUUUGUGACCCAAUCGAGCAGCGCAAACGGCGGUUCGACCGCAUCCCAUCUCCUCCAGAACGAUUUGUGUUAUCGGAAUACCGAGAACUUAUAUCCGUCAGAUCACAGUCCAUUUUAUACACUGGAUUUUCAUUAUCCUGGAUUGGAUAAUCUAUCUGGUCCUCGAAACGAAUUAGCUGAAGCUAAUUUCAUUAACUCAAUGUCUUCUGGGAAGCUUAGCGGAUCUGAGGAUGCAUCAGCACCUCCGUCGGGUUUCAUUCAGUCUUCGGUAUCCGAUAUCCCGCUUGCCGAUUUAGAAGAGUUGUUCGCUCGCACGUCUGUGAAUGAUGUUUAUCUGGGACCAGUCCUAGGAUCUGAUGGCAGACUACUUCCUUUAGACCCGAGUGUGCGUGUGUUAAACGAUUGUGUUACAUUGCCUUAUUCAUCUUCAUCACUGGCGUUCGCUCCUCCGGGUAUCAUAAUGGUCACGGAAAUGUGGUCUGUGUUUGUUACCGAAAGACUGAGUCACUGUAAUCAUCGAAUACAUCAAAUGAAUCUGGAGGCGCUGCGUACCUGUCUUUACGAUCAUGGAUUAAAUCAACUGGGCUCACCGACUAUUUUACGUCGACGCCUGCAAGAGUUUGUACGACGCGUGCGUGAUUUUCAAUCUUCUGAUGGUCGCCGGUUGAGUAAGAUUGCAGCGGCUGCGGCCGCUGUAGCGUCGCUUGAACAGGGCACUGNUGGAUCGGGUGCUCAUUCGACUACUGCAUCACCAGAUCAGAACAAGCCGGCACAUUCGGACGAUGCAGAUGAUCCUUCGUCACCAACGGCCACAACAAAUCAACAACAGGCUCAAGCCUCUAACAGUGCUCCAAAGAUAACCAUGCUGCCGAAACCGGUUAUUCUCACACCAGAUACUUUCUACCAUUAUCUUCUCAUCAUCGACUUGGAAGCGACAUGUGACUUUCAAGAAGGACGGCAAAAUAUACCGGAGUAUCCUCACGAAAUUAUCGAAUUCCCGGUUUUAUUAUAUAAUACCCGGACACGACGCUGUGUGAGUAUUUUUCAUGCCUAUUGCAAACCACGUGUACAUCCAGACCUGACGGCAUUUUGUACCAAUCUCACACAAAUCAGUCAGGCACAGGUAGAUAGUGCACAACCUUUCCCGCAAGUCUUGGAAAAAAUUGAAAACUGGUUGUUCAAUAAACAUAAGCUAUCCGAUCUUCGAUGUGCAAUUGUUUGUGAUUGUAGCGCAGAUAUGGGGAAAUUCAUGCGUAUUCAAUGCCAUUUAAAUGACAUCCCGUUACCAUCCUGGGCCACAGUGUGGAUCAAUUUGAGUAAAGCAUUUCGAACGUUCUACAAGCUACCUUCAAAACACCGGGUCACAUUAAGCACAAUGUUAUGCGAUUUGAAUCUGUCGUUUAUUGGGCAGCAACAUCGUGGUUUGGAUGACGCAAUCAAUAUCUUGCGUGUGGUUCGCACUCUCCUGGCAGAUGGUUGCAUGCUUCGAGUGAAUGAACGCGUGGAUUUCGGUCGAGCUCCAAAUUUUGUCGCUUCAGUCCCACGUCUCGUGGCGGAAGCCACUUCUGGUUUAAUGGGCAGCCGUUUGUUAUUACUGUCUCGAAAAUCACGGGCCAAUACUGGAUCGAGUGCGUAUGCUGAAAAAGAUAGGAUCUCCCAUUUACCUACAGAUUUGCCAGAAGAUCAUCGUCAGUCACUUUUGUGGUUAGCGAAUGUGCAGAAAACACGUGUUAUCAAAGAUUGA